GGAAGGAGCUGUGGCAGUCUGAGUCUGGGUGACACUGAUGGAGCGCUUGGUUUUUGCUCUCCUCUGGUCUGGAGCCUGUGUUUUAUCCUCUCUGGCUUUUCCUCCACCGCAGCAUGUGGGACAAAAUGCUAUCCUUCAAAAGGUCCUGCUCAACCGGCGCUACAGCUCCAAGGCUGAGCAGCAGAAGACCCAGUCUGUGAAGCAGGAGCAGGUGAACACUGUCAGAGUGACCUGCCAUCCAGACUCGCUGGAGAUCGUCAUCAAAGCUGACAUGUUUGGAGUCGGCGCUCCUGUCAACAGCGAUGAGCUGCGCCUUGGAGUGAAGGAGAACAACUUCUGUAAAGCUACGGUGACCUCAGGGGAGGAGUACGCGAUUGUUGUCGGGCUAACAGACUGUGGCACCAAGCACUGGAUGACUGAAGACAGUCUGGUUUACACCAACCUCCUCAUUUAUUCUCCUUUGGCCUCCACUGACGGGCUGGUCAGGAUGGAGGAGGCUGUGGUUCCCAUCGAGUGUCAUUAUGAGAGGAAAUACAGUCUGUCUAGUUCCUCCCUCACACCCACCUGGGCUCCGUUCAUGUCUACACAGGCCGCAGUGGAGUUACUGGAGUUUGAUCUGAGAAUAAUGACUGAUGACUGGUUGUAUGAAAGAAGCUCUAAUGUGUUUUUCCUGGGCGAUGCCAUCAAUGUGGAGGCCUCAGUCAAUGUUGGACAUCACAUGGGCCUCAAAGUGUUUGUGACUGGCUGUGUAGCUACGUUAACCCCGGACAUACACUCUACUCCCAGAUACGUAUUCCUUGAAAAUGGGUGCCUGCUCGACUCCCAGCUCCUUGGAUCAAGGUCCAGCUUCUUGCCCAGGAGACAAGAUGACAAGCUUCAAAUGGUCAUUGAUGCCUUUAGGUUUCACAAUGAGGACAGGGCUGAGCUCUACAUCACCUGUCACCUGAAUGCUGUACCACUCAAUGAUGCAGACUCUCUGAACAAGGCUUGUACUUUUGUAAAUGGGAGGUGGCAGUCGGCCGAUGGCAAUGACUACCUGUGUGGAUACUGUCAAAGCCAGAACGAACCGGAACAAACCCACAGUCUGCCUGGCAAGUUUGGUCCUCGUGGAUUUGGGAAACCGGACCAGUCUGAGUCCUUUUGGAGAAGUGGAUUGAAAAUGAGUAAAGUGUUGGAACAGGAGGCAAGAGUGGGACCAGUUGUGGUUUUGCCAGCAAGACAUAAGAGCAUAGCCCUGCCAGAGAAAGAGCUUCCACCUGUGCUCAACAAAAUCAGCAGACCAGCUCUCUAUGGCAGUCAUUGGAGGAGCAGAGUGAACAGACCUCAAGACCAGAAGGGACUUGAUUCUGUUCCUCCUAAACUAGACCAGGUUGAGGAGCCUGAGGAGGAUGAACCAGAUCUUGAAGAUGAAGAUUUGGAAUACGAAGAUACUGAGGAUACAAUGAAAACGGGCUCUGACGGGAUCGAUGUUAACGCCACAGCGGCCCCUAACGGCACUACAAUCACCACACGGGUUCAACUGAACAUGACUUCACAGUCGAAUACAACUGUUGUAGAAACUGAUCUUUCUGCACCAAACGAACCCAAACGAUAAUAAAUUAUUCAGUUC